AUGUUCCAGUCACAUCUCAGCCUCUUUUCAGAUGGCCAUAAACUAUGUUUGUUUGUGGUGCUAUUUUAAGUGAAGGACCGGUCUGCCAAAUGCAUAAGAAACCUCGGUUCAUUAGUAUAAAGCACUGACUUAAUCAUUCUCAUCUCAUCUCAUCUGCCCUUGUGCUCCUCGAGUUACAAGCACACAGCCAGUAGAGAUUUUCGUACUGAACAAAGCGUCGAGGCGCUUUUCGAGAGAUCGAGAGUCCUGGAAAGCAAGCAUUUUUGUAUCAAUGGGCGAUUACUGGUCGUGGGCUAAGAACGAGCAGAGAGUGAUGAUGAGCAACAAUGGAGAUUUCGAAGAGGGAGACGUGUGGUCGGUCGCGAGCAAGGGGAGGGAAGACUCGACCCCUGCCGCUGCCGCCGCGAGGAACUCCAUCCACAAGAGCCUCGCCGGUUCCUCGUCCGCAUGGCAGUAUUCCACAGCUCCCAAAACGAUCCCAAGAAGACCCGCCAGUCAAGAAACCGGGAAGCUGCGCCAGCGGUCGUCAGCCCCGGUCAACAUCCCCGACUGGUCGAAGAUUUAUGGCAACAAGAGGGGCGACGGAUUGGAUGGCGAGCACGAGCACGGCCAUGGCGGGUACAGCAAUGAUGGCGACGACGGCGGCGACGAUGAGGACGACGACGACGAUGGCGGCGACGGCGACAUGGUCCCGCCGCACGAAUGGGUGGCGAAGAGGCUGGCGAGGACCAGGAUUUCUCCGUUCUCCGUCUGCGAAGGUGUUGGCAGGACUUUGAAAGGGAGGGAGCUUAGCAGAGUGAGGAAUGCGAUCCUGACGAAAACUGGCUUCCUGGAGUGAACUGCUCCCUUCCCUUCGUUUUUUCUUUUCCCUCUCCUCGGACUUUUUAAUUUUUGUUCGACGUCGGCGGUGGCAAAAGCGCGACCCUUAUGUCUUACGAUGAUAUAUUAGCCUAGGGACAGAUCAUCGGACUCUUUCGAACAUUUAUCGCAUGUGAUGUCUCCACAUCACUCGCGAGAAGAUCGCUAAUUUUGUCCUAGAUUGAAUGCAGAAUCCUAGUCCUUUUUCUUUUCCCCUCUCUUUUAGCUCUCACUCCAAGUCAUCUUUUAGGGAGUCCACAACUUACAAAUGUGCCUCCAAAGAACCACUGGCCGUUGCAGCGUGGAUGGUAGAGCCUUUACUCUCCCCGAUGGAGGCCAAGGUUCGAAGCCCCUGCAAAACAGGGAGACUGAAGCGCUGUAUGGUGAUUUACGCGUGUCGCCGGGUAGUGAUUUCCUUGCUAUCGACACCUGGGGGUUUACGUGAACGGCUGCCGGCCACAGUAGCGAUUCCUCCAGCAUCGAAAAAAAAAAAAUGUGCCUCCAAAGAAAGGACACUUAACUUCAAUGGGGAAGUCAAGGCUAUCCUAAGGAUUUGUCUUUACUUUCUCUCUACACAAAAGGUGCAAGAGAAUAAAGAAAGGGUUGGCAGAAUUUGUGAUUUCUUUCGCUGAAUUUGAUGAAGUUCAAUUUGUGAUUCAAUGAAUCUGAGUGUAGUUGCUGUCUAGAAGGUGCAAGAGAAUGAACAGAGACUGAGAUGCAGUGUUGGUUCA